GUGCGCUCGACGUACUUCCUCUGCCGCUAUGGUCGGAUACAGGCUCUGUACUGGGCCCUCGGGAGGGGAAGGCUCAUGACUCCUCAGGUCAUCGAUACACUCCUGUCGUCCGGCGCUCACAUAUCUCGGUACUUGGUCCAAUGUGCCAUGCAUCACUAUUAUCGUACCGCUCAAGUUCCAUUCAUCAAGACGCUGUGGGUCCGCUCAAUGAGCUUGGACGUCUUUACGUACUUCCAGAUGGCGGCUGUCAGGCUCUUCGGGAACGUACCGUUCGGCAAGGGGGACGACGAUGGUGCGAUCAUGGAGGCGGCCAUUAAGGACAGCCGAUUCCCCGUGGAGCAGAGAAAAGUGAAGUUAGAAAGCUUGCAGGAAAUCUUGGAGAAGUACAAGUUCAUACCCUUUUGUCACAGAGAUGCGAUGAUGGCGAACUUCCCUCUCGUUCUUGCGAUAGAACCGAGCUUGUUGCCGUAUGCACAGGCUAAUGGUUUCACGAUGGAUCAUAAGUAUCGAAAUUUCGUCUUCCGGAAGAUGUUCGAGAAACCCGCAGCGACCUUUGAGGAGCGGACGGAAGAAAUCGUGAACAACGUACGUGAGCUGUCGAGGCUUAACGCGCGGAUGUAUGUCAGCCGUACUGUUGCCGCAGAGAUAUGCAUGGAAGCAAAGCAGAACGAGACCGCGUACAACGCGUUGAAGAGGUUAAACAAGGAGGGACUCUUGAAGUUUGAUUUGGCACUGGUCGUCGAGGACCUCAUUAAGACGUUCUCCAGGACUCGCUCAAUAACGUUCCCCCAUUUAUUCUGCGUUCUACGGCAACUCUUUCAGGACUUUCCAUCCAACGAUCGUAAUGUGCGACUUGUGUUGCUUUUGCAGGUGUUCCUCUCAGAGAGCACCUUUACAAUUGGCCCGCCGAUGGGUGACAACCCUCCACGUAACUAUGUGGACAAUUGCGCAGAGAAGAUCCAGGCCAUCAACCUAGACCCAGUGCAACGAUCUGACCUUGUCGAGGUUCUCGCCAGCAAGUUCGCCCCGGACCGUUUCAGGGGCGUACUCGAGUACGGUCGUGUGGCUCUGAGCAUGUCGAAAGCCGAGAUCGAGGAACUUGUUCAAGAAGUGGCCUUUAGGUGUCUGGAGGUUGGUUGCAAGGGAAGGAUGCUACAAAGGCUAGUCGAACUCUAUCCAUCUCUGGAUGAUGCCAUUCGCGUCCAGGUAUUACGAAAAUUCAAGCUGGAUGUCGGGGACCUGCCGCCUUGCCACGACACCAGAGCUUGCAUGAUGUACGAGGCGCCCCUGUGCCAGGACUUCGUCAUGCCGCGAAUGAGCCUCUCGGAACGAGUCGCGGAGCUACGGCACCAGGGACUGGGCGGCAUUCAAGCCUUGUCGAUUGUCGAUGCGGAGAAUAGUUUGCUCAACGAGGAAGGCCGUGGCGGCUUACAUCUCCGAGACGAGAGAGACGACGACGAUCUCGGCCGAAUUGGUCAGGACACACUGUCAACCAUGAUUAGGAAGGACGAGCUAGGGCCCACGCGCGGCAGACGGCGGAUUUAUGACGCAUAUCAUCACUAUGAAGACAUGACGGGCGGUAAACUGACCUAUCCUGCAGACAAUAUGAUGGUCGGGAAGUGGAUCCGGAUGCACUAUGGUUUACGUAGUGCGGUCACUGCGGUGUUUAUGAUUCAUGCCAUACUUAACACCAACCCGAUGGUUGUGCAGCCCUAUGUCUCACAUGAUCAACCUGAGCCGUCUGCGCAUCGUGUUCCGCUUACUCUCAAGCAUUUCAAGCUGUUGGCCCGUCUAGGCCGUGCACCGCCGCUUGCUAUGAUCGACGACAUUGAACACGGCACCGACUUCUACUUCUCCGAAGAAGACUACUUGACCCUAGAGGAUCUCAGUGCGACUCCGAGCAAGAAGGGGCUAAAGAGGCGAUAUUCACGCGCGAGCAUCAAAAUCAGGAUAGCGCCUGAAGUUCAGGCUGAGCAAGACACAAGUGUCACGACGCUCAGGACUGCUGAACCGUCUUCGUCACAGCCUUCCUCAUCAUCGACCAAGAGGCCACGUCGAAGUGCAGCCUCGUCUACGAAGCAAUAUGUCGUGCCAGACAGCGAUGAUGACAUGAUUUUAGAUGACACCGACAAAAUUGUGGUCGAGUCCAACCGCCCGUCAAAACCGCGCAAGGUCGAGACGAGUCUACAGAAGUGGGUCAAGCACCUGACGGCCCUGUUACAGGCGGAACAAAGAAAGGUGAAAGAGCAGAAGAAGCUACUCCGGGCUGCCACUGCCCCAGGCACUAAGAUCCGGGUCGUCAAGAACGAGUUCGUCAAGAGCAUGUCCACUGCCCUCGUUCGCCUUCGCAAGGUUGAGCGGGAGAAGAGAAUUCUAUUGUACGGCAUAGACGUCCCGGAUGAGGAACCGAGCUCGAGUGAGGAAGACGAAUACCACGACCGGAUGGCGCGACCGCCCAAACGGCGCAAGAUUCGUGCCGAGUGAUAUCUGGCCUGCUGAUAGGGGUCUUCUCUCUGGCAUCGACAACAUCUUGACUGCAUCCCAUACCCCUUAACGCUUCGUGACUAUCGUCAUCAUGAUAUCCCCCGUUCCUCGCUGUCGCCUCGCCACAGCACACAUCGCAUUCUAUUCAUCACACAUCGUUGCCUUGUAGCAGAUCUCUAAUGUUUCCCCAAGUAUACACUAGUGUACGUCCGUCCUUCAUCCCG